AUGGGGCAGAAUAGGACAAGGAGCCGCGCCAUUAAAGCAGAAGUGGCUAUAAUUUCUGCUCCAUAUGUUUAAAGGUAUGAAGUUCAGGCAUGACAAUUAUUCAAGGUCAGACCUCCCACUGUGAGAAUGCGCAAGUUUCAUGAAGGAGGUUUUCAGCCUAAAAUGAGCAGAAUAAAAGCAGCUCUAAUUCUUGGAAUCAGGUCUCAAAGCACUAAAGCAGAUAGAGUGAGGGAAGCACAUAGGAAGGUGAUGGUAACUAACCAUCGAGAUACAAGACAUAAUUACGACCUUGCUUUUAACAUAAACGAGGCGAAAGACAAUUUGCUUGGAAAGACGAAGAACAGUGGAUCCGCAUUCUAG